UUAAGGCCAUUGUAGAUGGAAUAUAUAUUUGCUGAAAAACUCCCAAAAUUUUUGGAUUAAUCUCAAAUAUCUUGUACAAAAAACGUGGAAAUUCCAAAGUUUUUUGAAACUUUGAAAUUUGAGUUUUGGAAGUUUUUUGAAACUUUUUUUUGAAUUCUGAGACUAAUCUCAAAAUAUUAGAAUUACAACGGCCCCCGUAUGUCAUUGGCAAUUUCUUAAUGACAUAAGCUCAAAUUAAUAUUUAAUGUGAAAAUCGUUUUUCACAUUAAAUAUUUAAGUCGGAAUAUUUUUGGAAAUGUAUUGAAGGAACUUGCCUGUUUAAUUUUUUUUCUUGGUUGUUAACUAGACUUAGGCUUAUUUUAGUGUCAUUGCACAAAGACAACCGUGAAAUGUUAUUGCUUGGCCACCAGAGGAAACGCAUAAAAAACUAGCCUUUCAUUUUGAAUUUUAUAAAAAUUUCACAGAGCUUGAUUUCACACUUAGUGAAAGUGUCAUGCUUUUCCAUCACUAUUAUAGAAAAGCAUGACAAAACCUUCCUGACUGCAUAAUUUCAUUGAUUUUUGAAGACAUCUCUAAUCAUGACAGAGCCACCACCUUGUUUUACUUACACUUUGUGACCAUAAGUGUUCAGAUCGCUUUGAAUCUUUAUUUUUGUAAAUCGAAUAAUAGUAUGAUACAAUGAGAGCAUUAUUAAAAUCCUAAGCAAAUAAUUAUGACAAUGAAUCAGCUGAAAUCAGCUGGACUGAAGGAAGGAAAUACCUAAAACAUGCAGGGCAGUGAGCCUUGAGGACCAGGGUUGGGAAACACUGAUGUAGAUAACCAAUAUCUGACCAAUAAAACUUAAAAUCAUUUUGGGAAAGUUCAAUAAACUUUUAUGAGAUAUUGGGUGUAUGUUUUUGAAAUUAGUCAUCAGUUUUAUAAUUAGUUAAUGAGGCUAUUUGAAUUUAUCCAUUAUAAUUUAGUAAAAAUAUUCUCAAAUUCCACACAAAAACUUAGACAUGGUGGUAUUUUAAGUCUAAUCAUUUCUGCUGUUCGUAAUUAGGCAGGCUUUCUGUUUAUGGGCAGAUGAAUGAGUGAAGUCGUUUCCUUUGGUGGUUCAUCAGCAAACUAAGCUUUGCCCUCUCAGUCUAUAAAGUUGCAGCGGGUUUAGGUGGAAUAUCUCUCCCAGACACAUCUCCGUUUAAGGCCUCAUUCUGUGUCCGGAUCUGAUCAUCUUAAUAUCAUUCACUCAGUUUCCCUUUUAAACUGAGUUAAUGCUAACUCAGGUGGAUUUUUACUCCCUCUGCAUUUAUUCAUUUUCUCUCUUCUUCCUUAUGUUCACCAAGGAAAGCUUUGCAAAGUAACAGCAGACUGACGUUUACGACAGUGUAAGAACAUUGAACGCAGCACCGAUUUCCGAGAAACAUCCCGUUUCCCGCUCCAUUCUUCAGGAGCUUUGAACGCAGCUCAGGUUCCAGUACAGUGAGGAAGGUUGAACUUUUGCCCUCUUCGCUGAGCAGAGACCAUGGCCGAGCCUCCUGUUAUCAUCUGGCAGCAGGAAGUUGAAAAUGUGCUCCGUUACAGGGACCUGGUCCCCCGUCUGGAGGACGCUUUGGGGAAGUUCUCCCGGCGGGACAGCGCCGAGGUGGUCCAGCCUGUGCGCACCGCGGUGCCGCUGCAGAAGCACAGCGGCUUCAUGGGGCUCAUGCCCACAUACAUGGAGAACGACGGAGUGCUGAGCACAAAGUUUGUCUGUUUCUACAAGAGAGAGAAAGGAUCCACUUUACCAGCCGUUCAGGCCACCGUGGUUCUGCUGGACCCAGAACGUGGGAACAUCAAGGCUGUGAUGGAUGGGGAGGUCAUCACGGCCAGGAGGACUGCUGCCAUCUCAGCCAUCUCCGCUAAGCUGCUGAUGGCGUCCGGAGCAGAGGUUCUGGCCAUCCUGGGGACCGGCACACAGGCUCUGAGUCACUAUACCGUCUUCACUGAGAUGUUUUCUUUUAAAGAGGUUCGUGUUUGGAGCCGGACUAAAGAGAAUAUGGAGAGGUUUGUCCGCUCAGUGGGAGGCGGUGUGAAAGGAUGUGGCUCGGCGGAGGAGGCGGUGAGGGGAGCAGACGUCAUAGUGACGGUGACUGGAUCCACGGAGCCGGUGCUGCAUGGUCAGUGGGUCAAAGCAGGAGCACAUGUGGCAGCUGUGGGAGCCUGCAGGCCAGACUGGAGGGAGCUGGACGACGUGCUGAUGAAGAGCGCUGUGGUGUACGCAGACAGCAGGGAGGGGGCGCUGUCAGAAUCUGGUGAUGUCAUCCUUUCAGGGGCUCAGGUGUUUGCAGAACUGGGAGACGUUAUCAAUGGAACCAAACCUGCUGAGAGGGAGAAGACCACCGUCUUCAAGUCUCUGGGAAUGGGAGUGGAGGAUGCAGUGUCUGCUCAGCUGGUGUUUGACCAGUGGACAGCUAAAGAAACCAAACCAUGAGAUUUGUUCUUGAUUUCUGAUGUCCCAGUUGGAACCUUUCAGUCACAGAGGUGUUGGCAGACGGCAGUGUGUCCGAGGUUUUAGUUUAGUACGAACCAACACUGACCAAACUGCUGCCUGUGGGUCACUUCCAGCCUCUGAUGUCAGCUCUGGACCAGUCCAAAUCUGACCCAGCAGAGCUGGCAGCUGGCAAAAAUGUCGGCACUUUUAAAAUAUUUCGAAGCAAUAUUUUCCCUGACAAAAUAAAAAUGGAGUGUAGCACAAAA